UGGCUAAUUUUUGUAUUUUUAGUAGAGACAGGGUUUCACCAUAUUGGCCAGGCUGGUCUCAAACUCUUGACCUCAAGUGUUCUGCCCGCCGCCUCCCAAAUUGUUGGGAUUACAGGCAUAAGCCACCAUGCCCGGCCCUUCCAGGCAAUUCUUAACUCCAAUUCUAUCCAUACCCCUAGCAAACUUGGACUCCACUUGGUAAAGCAUGGGUGGAGGAAGGGGUGUGGAGCAAGGGCAGGGGACAAGGAGAAUCUAAGGAGCAUUUCAUGUUCCUUUUCCUUAAUUUUCCAGUUCAGCUCAAGUUGUCAAACAUUUGUGCAGUGUUUACUAUAUAUCAGACAUUCUUCAAGGUACUGGAGACAUAAACAAAUUAGACUUGGAUAUUACUUCAAGAUGCUCAAAAUCUAGUGUAAGAGUAUGGUUUAUUUUUUAUAUGUUUAGUUUAUAUUUUAGAAAGCUUCACAGGUGGGAUGAAAUAUUUUACAAUGCUAUAAUCAUGUAUGGUUAGGUAAGGAGCAGGUAAUAGCUCAAUUUGUGUGUGUGUGUAUGUCCAAGUUCACUGUAAAUAGUUUACCCCAGCUGGAACCAGCCUUUGUCCCUCCCAGAGAUACCACACUAUUUUUAGCUUAGAUUGGAUAACUCUUUAUAUAAAACUCUUUGCCCAGGUCCCAGCUGCUUCAUGUUUGCUUACUUUGAGAUUUUAUUAACACCUAUUUAGCAUUUCAAUAAACUCCAGAAUGUUUCCAGGUUACUUUUUGUAGUAUUACGAAAAACACACUGAUCAUUUAGGCAUUGUGUUAGGCUGCAUUCACUCAACAUUUCCUGAAUGCUUAAAUACCAGGUCCUUGGGAUACAACAGCGAACAUAACAAGCAAAAAUUUCUGCCCUCAUGCAGCAUACAUUCCAGUAACUACAUAUGAUAAAAAUCCAAAAUAAUAGAGGCCACGCUGGUCUGGAUCCUCAAGUGAUCUGCCUGCCUCGGCCUCCUAGUGUGCUGGGAUUACAGGUGUGAGCCACCGCGCCCGGCCUGCAAGUCUUUUAAUUGGCCUCCCCAUCUCCAAACUCUAUCCUCCAUAUUAGUGUUGCAGGACUUUUUAAAAUAAAACCUUGGUCAUUUAAUUUCUCACAUUAGAAAACUUCCACUCUUUUUCAUUGUUUACAGUAGAAAUCCAAUUCUCUUAGUAUGGUAUAUAAGACUCUUCAUGAUCUAGCCCCAGUACCACACUCUAUAGUCUCCCCACCCAAUAUUUUUUUCACCGUAUCCCUUCCAUCUGGCCAGGCUGAGUCCUGGCAGCCACGAUCCCCUAUGGAUCAUGCUGGUUUAAAUCUCCUGGGUUGCUCAUGUUAUUCCUGCUCCUACAAAGAUCUCCAUCUUCUUGUCUACUUAAAGAAAACCUACUCAUCUGUGUGCAAUCACCAUAAAGACCAUCUCUCUUCUGCAGCCUUUCCUGCAAUUCCCAUAUCUCUGGCACGGACAAUCACCUUUUAAAAACACCCCAUAUAUAUUUCUCAUAGCCUCUACAGUAUUUUGAUUACACUUAACUAAUUACAUGACUUCUCUUUUAGUCUUCUUCUCUAAUCUCUUGAGGCCAUGGACCAUAUUCUAUUAUUUUGAAUCCCAAAUGCCUAGUACUGUUCUUGGUAUAUGGUUAAGGUGAUCAUACGACUUGGUUUGUGCCUGUUGACCUGGCUUAAUAAUAACACCCUCUUUACUCUCAAAAUUAUCUUGGUUUGGCAGCUAAAUUAUAUUUGGUCAUUCUCCACAUAGUACAUGCCUGGCAAUGAAUGAAUGAGCACCAGCAUCUGAGCACUUAUUACCAUACAAUAUAUACAUGUAUAGUAAUACUUUUUUAAAAAGUUGUUUAUGAUGAUGUGCUGCUUUUUUGCUUAGCUUCAUUAGAACUGGCCAGCUCCUUUUUCUCACUUGCCAAGCAUGGGGAGUUGUUGUUUCAUCUUUUCCAGUUAUAGUGUGAAAGUAGCCCACCAGCCCACCCUCUUAUUCCUAAAGACCACAGUGACUCCACGGACUUAAGUUAUCAUUGCUUCCAGUUUCCUUGGGCAACGCAGCACGCAAUUUUGGACGCGCUGCGUGGUUUCAGAGUCGGCUGUAACUUUUCUCACUUUAUAAUCAUCAGGAAAAGUUCCUGAUGCCAGUCUUCCGAACGCUCAAUGAAAUAAAAACCUGAUAGCACCGCAGAGGAGGCUGAGAUGCAACGACAAAAGCUGCCGUAAUUAUAAUAAUUAAUAAUACCUAACCCUGGAUCACUCCCCUGAUGAUCUGUAUCUUUGCAGCAGACGCAAUUCAGUUUGGUUUCACCCAAAACAAACAUGGUCUCCGUCGGAGUCAACGCCCUUUCCUGUGCGGACCAAUCAGAAUCUCAAACACAGGGCACGGGGCCCACACUUCCGUCCGGCCUCCGUAGUCUCUCUAACCGCGCCAGUGUGCCUCCGACUCGGAACGGCUUCCGCGGCCGGGGCGGCGAGGGCCGGGGGCGGCGGGCGGGAUGAGUGAGGUGUGCGGUGGAGCAGCGCGGACGCUGCGGACGCCGGGACGCCACGGCUACGCCGCCGAGUUCUCCCCGUACCUGCCGGGCCGCCUGGCCUGCGCCACCGCGCAGCACUACGGCAUCGCGGGCUGUGGAACUCUACUAAUAUUGGAUCCAGAUGAAGCUGGGCUAAGGCUUUUUAGAAGCUUUGACUGGAAUGAUGGUUUGUUUGAUGUGACUUGGAGUGAGAACAACGAACAUGUCCUCAUCACCUGUAGUGGCGAUGGCUCGCUGCAGCUCUGGGACACUGCCAAAGCUGCGGGGCCACUGCAAGUCUAUAAAGAGCACACUCAGGAGGUGUAUAGUGUUGAUUGGAGCCAAACCAGAGGUGAACAGCUUGUGGUGUCUGGCUCAUGGGAUCAAACUGUCAAAUUGUGGGAUCCAACUGUUGGAAAGUCUCUGUGCACCUUUAGAGGCCAUGAAAGUAUUAUUUAUAGCACAAUCUGGUCUCCCCACAUCCCUGGUUGUUUUGCUUCAGCCUCAGGUGAUCAGACUCUGAGAAUAUGGGAUGUGAAGGCAGCAGGAGUCAGAAUCGUGAUUCCCGCACAUCAGGCAGAAAUCUUGAGUUGUGACUGGUGUAAAUACAAUGAGAAUUUGCUGGUGACAGGGGCGGUUGACUGUAGUUUGAGAGGCUGGGACUUAAGGAAUGUACGGCAACCAGUGUUUGAACUUCUUGGUCAUACCUAUGCUAUUAGGAGGGUGAAAUUUUCGCCAUUUCAUGCUUCUGUGCUGGCCUCUUGCUCAUAUGAUUUUACUGUAAGAUUCUGGAACUUUUCAAAGCCUGACUCUCUUCUUGAAACAGUGGAGCAUCAUACAGAGUUUACUUGUGGUUUAGACUUCAGUCUUCAGAGCCCCACUCAGAGAUUUGCUCUGUUGCCCAGGCUGGAGUGCAGUGGCGCAAUCUCGGCUCACUGCAACCUUCGCCUCCCAGGUUCAAGUGAUUCUCCUGCUGCAGCUUCCUGAGUAGCUGGAAUUACAGGCACAUGCCACCAUGCCUGGCUAAUUUUUUGUAUUUUUAGUAGAGAUGGGGUUUCGUCAUGUUGACCAGACUGGUCUCAAAUUGCUAACCUCAAGUGAUCCACCUGCUUUGGCCUCCCAAAGUGCUGGGAUUACAGACAUGAACCACCAUGCCUGGCCUAAUCUUUAUAUUUUUAGUAGAGAUGGGGUUUCACCAUGUUAGCCAGGCUGGUCUCGAACUCCUAACCUCAAGUGAUCCACCCUCCUUGGCCUCCCAAAGUGCUGGCAUUACAGGCUUGAGCUCUCAGCCUAUGAAUUUUUCAUUUUAGGAAUUAAAGAUGUAAUUCUGAGUUUAAAAGAUUCUCAUUUGGUAUUACAAUAUUCCCAUUAACAUUAGAAAUAAUCAUUUAAAAUGACUUAAUAGGAUAUAAGAAGAGAAAAAACUGAAAUAGUGAUGAGUGAAAUGGCAUUUUUUCAGCAUAAAUAUAAUGUGUUUCAAAUGAACUAGUUCCUUUUCUGAUACACUUAUUAUAGAUGGAUUUUACUAAAAUAAUUUUACCUGUUUUCUAUUUUAGUCUUAAAAAGUUGCAAUGUACAUACUGAAACAUGGCACCCCCAAACAAAGGAUCCUAAGUAAAUAUUCAUUAAAUGCUCAUCCUUAUGUAUUUCUAUUACCUGUCCUUUGUGAGCCCAGACUAGAACCUGUGGCAGCAGCUGCAGCACCUCCAUUUCCUCAGCUAUGGCGCUUCCUCGCCCAGAUCUGAAGAAUACCAAAUGUUUUCUAAAUCCUCCACACAUAGUAGGCCUACCUUAUUAAAAGCAACUUUGUGAUGAGAGG